UCGCUCCAGCUUGGGACAUGGACAGCAUUCUGUCCUCCCCAAUCAGAUCAAGAAGAAACAAAGAGUAGAAGCUUUUUGUUAUAGUGACUGGGUUUUUAUUUAUUGUUUCUUUAUUUUAUCUGUGCUGUGAGAUCGGCUCGCUUCAGGGUUAUUGUUAAAGAGCGUGAGAUUAACAUAUCAUUAGGAUGACGUUGGAGUGUUUCAUGCAAUAACGGGCAUACAGUACACACAGGAACAGGUGAACACAUGCCUCCUGCAAGCUGAUUUUAUAUUAAUACCGAGUCCUAAAUGCUCAUCCAACUAGGUGUAUGGCCCAGCUCAGGCAUUAUGACUGAUCACCAUGAGAAGCCCAAAGUGCACGAGCUGAUGGACGCAGCAUCGCUUCCGGCGGCCCCAAGAACCACCGGCACACCUGAGAAAAGCUGCACUAAAGUUAAGAGCAAGCCAGCAACCGGGAUCGUGAAGAGAAGCUCAGAUCUGAUCGUGAACAAGCCGCGAGCAUGCGCAUUUGCCGGCACGGGAAAGGGCGCGCGCCGGCACGCGCUCUCCGUCAGAGGUCCGGGCAAGGCGCAGGAGGAGGAGGAGGAAGAGGAGGCGGUCAGAGCCGUGAGGAAGCCCAGAGCCGUCACUGUGGACACGUCCAAAGCCAAAACAUCUCUGGAGGCGCUCAAGCUCAGCAUUAGAGAGCUCAAAUGGAAAGAGUUUCCAGUGGGGAGACGGACAGCGUGUGAUAUCUACUGGCAUGGCGUCUCCUUCCAUGAUAAUGAGAAUAUUGUUUCAGGGCAGGUUAACAAGUUCCCAGGAAUGAUUGAGAUGUUGCGCAAGAUAAAUUUAAGUCGUGCGGUGCGCACCAUGCAGCAGCUUUUCCCAGAGGAGUACAACUUCUACCCUCGCUCGUGGAUCCUGCCCGAGGAGUUUCAGCUGUUCUCUAAUCAGAUCCGUGUGCUGAAGGACAGUGACUCCAGCCUGAAACCCACAUUCAUUGUCAAACCCGACUCGGGCUCCCAAGGCGACGGCAUCUACCUCAUCCGUGACCCCGCUGACCUCCGGGCCAUCCCAGGAUCACAAGUCAAGCAGGCGGUGGUUCAAGAGUACAUUCAUAAGCCUCUUCUCAUCGACAAGCUCAAGUUUGACAUUCGCCUUUAUGUUCUUGUCCGUUCGCUGGAUCCUUUAGAAAUCUACAUUGCCAAAGAAGGCCUUUCCAGAUUUUGCACCGAACCCUACCAGGAACCGAGCCAGAAAAACCUCAAUCAUGUUUACAUGCAUUUAACGAACUACUCGCUGAACAUUCACAGCGGGAAUUUUGUGCAUUCGGACAGCUCCAACACUGGCAGCAAGCGCACGUUUUCCAGCGUCCUGUAUCGACUCGCCUCCAAAGGAGUGGACAUUAAGAAAGUCUGGUCAGACAUUAUAGCGCUGGUUAUCAAGACGGUUAUUGCACUAGUUCCUGAACUGAAGGUCUAUUACCAAGCUGAUAUUCCACCAGGCAAACCAGGACCUACUUGUUUUCAGAUCCUGGGCUUUGACAUCCUGCUGAUGAAGAACUUGAGGCCAGUUCUGCUUGAGGUCAACGCCAAUCCGAGCAUGAGGAUUGAACAUGAACAGGAGGUGUCGCCUGGUGUUUUCGAGUACGUACCAAGUCCAGUAGACGAAGAAGUCAAAGUAGGUGUCAUUAGAGAUACACUGCGCCUUAUGGAUCCGGCCCAGAGGAAACCACCCACAACAAACCAAGAAGCCAUCAUCGAAGACGCUGGAUCAGACGAAAAGGCGGAGCUUGUCGAGCCACUUCCGUCUCUGUGUCUAAAACAAGUCUUCCCCAAGUACAUGAAACAAUUUAACUACCUGCGGAUAUUAGAACGCAUCGCUGACAUUUUCUUACGCUUCCUCGGAGUCAAAGGAACCAUGAAACUCGGCCCGACCAGUUUCCGUACUUUUAUCAGGAAUUGCAAGCUGAGUAGCAACAGUUUCACCAUGGCAUCAGUGGAUAUCCUGUACAUCGAUAUCACCCGCCGCUGGACUGGAGCCGCCUCCGACUCAAGAGAAGCUGCAGGAAUGGGACUGCAGGCAUUCGUGGAGGCUUUUUGCUUCUUGGCCUCACGCAAGUUUAAGGGGACACCACUGAGGGACCAAGUGCUCUCUCUGCUGGAGCUCUGCGAAGCCACACUCGAGGGGGAGGGACACGAUGAGAAGCCACGCCCAUCAAAAUCUCAUCACGGUCUCAAUCCUGCUCCCGUUCCGAGCGCCCUCAACUCCCCUGCUGCCACUCGCCACCUUCAGCCUUCUGGGAAGGCAAACGUGAAGACCUGGGAGGCUGAACCACACAGCACGUCUUAAAACAGGAAGCAAUAACUGAGGAAAAAGAACAUGGUCUUAUGUGAAAAGAAAAGAAAAUCAUUGAUCUAUUAUGCAUGGGAAAUCAUGUAAAAGUCAUACUCGUGUGAUUAAAGGCAAAGUAAACUAUUUAAUGUUAAAGACAUUUAGCUUUUAUUAUAUCAGGUAACUACUGACUGCACCUGGGAUUGCUUCAUACACCUAAUAUAUCGUGAAAUGGAACGCAUAUCUAACCUGUGUAUUUUCCACAUACACACCCGCCGACAACAAGAGGCAAGUCAUUCUUAUUUAUUGUGUGCUUCUGAUGCCAGUAUUUAGAGACUCUCACUCGUGUGUAUUCUGAUACUAAGAAAUCGCACUGCGUUGCUCAAAAACACGGUUUGUAGGACAGAAGAUUGCGCAUCACGUUAUCACAGAAUCAGGGAUGGCAAAUCAUAUCUAAUCUUAAAGGAAUCUUCAAUGGAUUCGUAGCACUGACGUUUCACGACUGACGAGCUACGACGUGGCCGACGACUCCUCUAAAAAAGCGGCCUUAUAAUGAAAUCGUGGUGUUAACACCAUAUUAUGACACUGAGUGCACUAAACGUUUAUUUUAAAACGACUACUCUAUUUAUGUUCUGAAUAUUUUAUUUAAUAUUAUUUUCAGAGAGCUUCACUGUUGUAUGUAUGAUUGAGUCUGUUACAAAUAUCAUAAUGAUAUUUAAUUGUAUAACACUUUAAUCUCUCUAUGUACAGUUUAUACAGUAUAUACAGUAUAUACUGUACAUAUAUUAAACACACUAUAUAUGUCUAUAGUACAGUGUAUAUAUACGUAUAUAUAUAUAUACAGUCAAGCCCGAAAUUAUUCAUACCCCAGGCAAAUUCUGACAUAGUUACUUUUAUUUAACCAGCAAGUUUUUUUUUUUUUUGACUGACAAAAACAAUAACCUUUUGCAGUGGCCCAGCCAGAGUCCUGACUUAAAUCCAGUUGAGAAUCUGUGGAGGGUGCUAAAGAUCAGGGUGAUGGCAAGGAGACCCUCCGGAAAGAAUUGAAACCUGAAAGAAUUGGAGCUCAUCGCUAAAGACAUACAAAGAGCUGAUCAGCAAUUAUAGAAAGCGUUUGAUUGCUGUUAUAGCUAAUAAAGGCUUUUCUAUUGAUUAUUAAGAAGGGUAUGAAUAAUUUUGGACAUGCCACUUUUUGUUUAAAUGUAAGAUCAGUAAUAUUUCUUUCUGGAAGACGCCGGUGUCAUUUCUUAUCAAGAACAAACUUGCUGGUUGAAUAAAAGUAACUUUACGUUAGAAUUUGCCAGGGGUAUGAAUCAUUUCGGGUUUUACUGUAUUUAUAGUGUGUUUAAUAUUGCACUUUUUAGCUCUAAUGAUUUUGAAUGGUCAUGUGGAAUAA